CUGGGCGUAAAUAGUUGUCCUCACCAUGGCUCUACAGCUAGUAUUGCUCAAACUGACGCGAAGACACCGCCGAUCAUGCCCGCUAGCGUAGCCUGAUUGCGGCCAAGGACGGGCCGCCAGCGAGAUGUUAUCGGCAGGUCCUGUACGUUGUUUCACCACCGUGUGCCGCUAUUAUGGCAGAGUCUUGCUUGCUGGUCAGUGUCCAACAGGGACGUGGGGGGGUGCGCUGGUCACUUUUCGAGUGGCUACCCCAAGGCAAAAGGUUAUCGAGCUGGGCGGACCAAGCAAGACUUACAAACGAUCUUAAGCGUGUGUCGUGUCUCUCUGAAGUUGUGACGAAGCUAUGGGCUGCGCAACAUGUUGAUGGAGUUGACCUGAACAUUGCACACAUGAGUGCAGCGUGGGUGUCUAUGGCUAGGCAGAAAGCGCAGCUCACCGAGGAGGAUCAGAAUUCAGAGGACUUCGAUUCGCUCGUGGAGAUGACCCAAUCGGCAUUGACAAAUCCGGAUUCCAGUUGGAAGCAUUCGGUUAAGAGGCACCAUCCGCGUAAAAUUGGCCAGCCAGUUGCAUUGGUGUUGUGGUCUGUGGCAACGCUUCACGGAGUCUGGCCGAAAACAAGGGACAUGAUGCCAUGUCUAGCAUACCACAUGCAGUCUGGAGCUCAGUCUGCACAUGCUCAAAACGUUGCCAAUGCGCUUUGGGCGUUCGGAAUCAUGCACACUGUUGACGAUGGAUAUGGCAGCGUUGUCACAGAUUUGAUGCGCCGCGCAUUAAGCUUGUCAGCCGAGAUGAACUCACAACAAGUGUCCAACAUGUGCUGGGGAUUGGCACGCAGGAAACGAGAAUCUCAUAAAUUUUGCUCCGCAAUGGCAGGUCGACUGCUAUCGCUAUCCGCAGUUCUAUCCAAAAAGGCGAUUGGUUUUGAUCUUACUCAAGCAGCGUGUGCAUUUGCUGUGCUGAAUUUCCGUUCUGAUACUUUCAUGGAGAUGGUGGCUGGAAAAUUACCAGAGCUACUGGAUAGCAGGCAUGUGUUGCCAGAUUGGGACCUAUGCGCAGUUCAUUGGGCUUUCGACCAGCUGUACCCUGCGCAAUGCCAUGUGAGCACGUUUGAUGGGGUGUGGAAGGGACAAGGAACUAUAGAAGGAAGGCGUUUGAUUGGAGAUGGGGGACAGGUGCACUUGCUGCAAGGCAACACUGAUGGAACAAUAUCGUGGACACUUUCUACAGGAGAGUCUUUCACGGGGAAGCUGGUAGACAAUGGUACCAAGAUUGAAUGGAGCGACGGCGAUGUUUGGGUAAGGGGCGAUCGUCCGUUCGCUGUGUUCCAAGAGAAGUUGCAUCAACACGUUUCACAGAGAAGCUUGGCUCACAGAUUGACGACUGUUCCGGUAGGGCCUGAGUGUUGGUAUUUCGGCCGCUAGUGCGCACAACGAAUGCAGCAACAGACUCGCAUUGUUCUGCCCAUUCCGGAUGGCAUAGCAAUCGCCCCCCUUUUGGGGUUCGCGGAGGAGGAACGGGCGCGUGCCGUCGGGGAGAAAUUGGGGAAAAGACACCAUCUUGGGGUGUGCCUGAGCGUGUUCUGCAUUGUCACUGGUGCUGGGUGAGACGUGAACGCGUCUGGCCGCUGCACACAAUUCCCGCUUGACCCCCAGACUGCCGACAUCGGCAAUUGGGGAAAGGCUCGUUCGCUGGGGAUCAGGGCCGGACGGGUGCCGCGUGUGCCCCCGAGUGGGGCGUGAUGCUAAAACAUUAGAGUGUUUGCAAGUGGGCCCCUCCUCUGCGAGGCCGCCCAGCCACCACUGUUGCACGUUCGGGUUCGGCGACGCCGUCGGUAACCUUUAUUAUUUUCAGCCGCACAGACGCGCUCACUGGUGGCGUCAUUUC